UACUCACUACCCUUAUGCAUUGAGUUUGUAUUCUGGAUUUUCUUUCUUUCUUCAAAACACAAAGUGCUAGUCCUUGAAAUUUUGUCUCUUUUUUCUUAUUCUUAUAGUCCUUGUUUGGAUUUGAAUCAUACAUAAAAAUAUAAAAGACUUCUCUUUUGAGUUUGGAACAUUCAUAGAGAACUCUUUUGAGUUUGGAACAUUCAUAGAGGCUAAUUUCUCAUGGAGUAUGAUGAGUUUGUAUAUGGUGAAAUCUUUGAAAAGAAUAUAGUCAAUAGAUAUAGUGGAAUGGUUGUUCUUCAAUAUUGACCUACUACUUUGUUGCAGAAAUCAUUGUUUUGUGCCAAGUUUGUGAAAUUAGUUUUCUUGAAGUUUGGAUGCAAGUUGUUAAAAUGACACAGAGAAUGGGAAUUGUGAAUAUUUUUGGUCCUAAUUGAUUUUGACAGAACGGCUCUACACAAAUACUUUGUGAAAGUUUUUUGUUGGAUGAACCAAGUUAUGGUAAUUUUGUUGCUGAUUAGUACAAUAGGGCCAAUGUUAAAAAAGAGAGUUGGUUUGAGAAUUAAACAAGCUGGUAGAGGCUCAUACAGAGGAAGCUAGGUGUGUUGUGUUUGUUUGAAAUAUUGUUGUUGGUUGUUGUGUUUUGUGUUUGUUGUUUAUUUUACGAAAAAGUCCUGUGAAAGUCGAAGAUGGAAGCUACUUCAAUAACAGAACUGUUGAAGGGCUUCUGUGAUACUAUGCCAUGGCAGUAUGCUGUGUUUUGGAAGCUUAACCAGCUUUCUCCAAUGACAUUGAACUGGGAAAGUGGUUACCAGAAAAGUAAUGAGCCUUUGGGGAGUAUGUGGGGGGACAUCAAUUUCGAAUCCACUGAUGAUGUAUAUUCUUCAAGGAGUGAAGGAACUGAUGAUGUAGGUGAUUAUUCAGUUCGACUUCUCAUGAUCGAAAUGUCUCAUCGUAAAUACAGUUUGGGAGAAGGGGUUGUUGGUAAAUUAGCUCUUGCCAAGGAACAUUUUUGGGUUUCCAGUGAAGAUAUUUUCACUGGUAAAUUCGACACUAGUUUGCUUCCUGAGUGUCCCGAUGAGUGGCUUCUUCAGUUUGCAUCUGGCAUCAAGACUAUUGUGCUGGUACCAGUUCUUCCGCAAGGGGUUUUGCAGUUCGGUUCAUUUAAAGUGGUUGCUGAAGAUCGAGAAUUUGUUACUAAUAUCAAAGAGAAAUUUCAUUUUAUUCAUUCUAUGGAAGCUAAUACCUCAGCUUUGAACUAUGGAAUGGGUUCUCGAGAUUGGUCAUUCUCGGAUCUAUCAAAUUAUUUGAUGGAUAGCAUCGAUGAAUCUUCUGCAGCGAGUACUUCUCUCAAUAUGAAUGAAUCAGCCAGAUUUCCUCAGGACGAGUAUUUGUUCUCUAGAGAAACUCAGAUAAAAUCUCUCAAAAGAGCAAAUGAAAAUCAGAUGUUUUCUUCAUCAUUCGAGACGGAAACUGAUCCGACACAUAUUGGUUAUGCGGAGACAAAACCGAGUCAUCUGGGAGAUGAGAUAUGGCCCUGGUCUCACUUUAUCGGAAAUGAAGAAAAGUUUGGAGAGACUUCUUAUGGAUUAAGUUCUUAUUCUGAUAAUAAUAUGACCGGUCAUGUUAAUGUUAAGAACUUCAAUGACUUUUCCUCUGUUUCCUCAAUGUCUGCAUUCGACAAAGCAGCUGGGUUGGUUGACUAUAGAGAGACAGGAAAAUGUAUACCAGAAUAUAUCUCGAACGAGGAUACUUUCAGUAGCUCAACUUUAAUAUCCAAUAAAAAGGAGCAUGAUGAUAUCAAGAGUUUCGAGCUUCCUGAAGGACUCGAACCAGAAUAUCUUUUGGAUGCCGUUGUUGGCGAUUUAUACAGUGCCUCUGAUGAAACCUCAUGUAGAUCCAACAGUUUUAGGUCUCGUAUAACAAUGCCAUCAGAUUUUACUGGCUCCAUUCUGCCAAAAAUCGCAUCCGAAGAAAGCAUGGCUUUUGUGAAAAACUCAGAUGUUGGAACUGGUCUUAUGCCUGCGGUUACGACCAAUGCAAAAGACAUAUUUAUGUCAUCUUUCGAUGGAAAUUCAAGUUUAUUGAUUGAUGAGGCGCCACGGGAACAGGUUAAUAACCACAUGGUGCCUAUUAGUCGACCAAAGCUCUCUAGCGUGAGCAAGAAAAAAGCAAAAGUAGGCAAUAAAAAAAAUUCAAGACCAAGAGAUAGACAGUUGAUCAUGGACAGGAUGAAGGAGUUGAGAGAACUCAUCCCAGAUGGUGGAAGGUGUAGCAUUGACAACCUUUUGGAACGAACCGUACAGCACAUGAUGUACUUAAGAAUGGUAACCAGCCACGCUGAGAAACUGAAACGAUUUGCUGAUCGUGAGGUACCUGGAAGGAAAAGGCAGAAAACAAAUGGCAGCCAUCCAGGAAGAAGCUGUGCAUUUGACUUAGAAAGUGAACAAUCGUGGCCAAUAGUCAUAGAAGAUCUCGAAUCCUCAGGGCACAUGCUCAUAGAGAUGGUAUGCAAUGAGCAUGGACUUUUCUUGGAGAUUGCUCAGGUUAUCCGAAAGCUAGACAUAACCAUCUUGAAAGGGAUUUUAGAAAACCGUUCGAGCACAAGCUGGGCUUGUUUCAUCGUCGAGGUUCCAAGAGGUUUUCACAGGAUGGAUAUUUUAUGUCCUUUGCUGCAUCUUUUGCAGCUUAGGCGAAACUAUGUCUCAUAAAAAGCUGACCCUUCAUUCUUAUAUGAAGGAAAUGUAGCUUGUCUUCAGUUUUAAAUGACAAGUUCUGUUUUAUAUACUAGAAGUUAAAAUAGUUGUGUUACCAGUAGUGUAAAUAAUUGCUCUCAUCAGUGUUGUUGUAGAAUUUGUUAUUGAUGAUUGCAUGAAUAUGUAAACAAGAAUGAUGCAUGGGUGUUACUGGCUGGAGAACCAAGACUGACUUGCUUUGUAGACAUCUAGUGUGAUGUUAUGAAUUGCUUUGUAAAAGAAAAUUUGGUGAAUGCAAUUUAAGGAAAAAUAGUGUGCAAGUCAGAUCAAAUUA